AUGGCUUCUUCAAAGGAGGUAGAAGAAGGUAGUGAAGAUGAGGAAAUGUCAGAUGGAGGAGAUGAAAGCAGUGGAGAAGAGGUUAUCAUUCCUCAGAAAAAAAGAAAGAAGGCUACUACAACUCCAGGAAAGAAGGUGAUGUUUUCUCCAACAGAAAAACUUACAGUUGCCACUCCUGGCAAAGAGGCAGCAAUUACACCAGCCAAAGCCCCAGCAACUCCUGGAAAGAAAGAAGCAGCCACCCCAGACAAGGGAGCAAGGAAUGUCAAGAAUGCCAAGAAGGAAGAUAGUGAUGAGGAAGAGGAGGAUGAAUUUGAACCAGCAGUGAUGAAAGCUGCUGCUGCUGCCCUUUUCUUGGAUGAUGAGGAUGAUGAUAAAGAAGAUGACUCUGAAGAAGAACCUAUGGAGAUUGCACCAGCCAAAGGCAAGAAAGCUUCUGUAAAAGCUGUUCCCGUGAAGGCCAAGAGCACAGAAAAUGAAGACAAAGAGAAUGAUGACAAAGAGGAUAAAGAUGAAAUUGAGGUGGAGGUGGAGGUAGAGGUGGAGUUGGAGGAAGAGGAAGAUCAUAUUAAAAAAACACCUGAUAAACAGAAGAAGAAAAUGGCCAAACAGAAGGCUUCCCCUGAAACCAAAAAACAGAAAUUAGAAGCUGAACCACCUGUAACUUUCAAACUGUUUGUUGGAAACCUGAAUUUCAACAAAACUGCUGCUGAACUAAAAACUGGUCUCAGGGAAUUUUUUGCUAAAAAUGAACUCACAGUUGUUGAUGUCAGAGUCAGCUCAUCCAGGAGAUUUGGUUAUGUGAAUUUUAAAUCUGUUGACGAUCAGGAAAAAGCCCUGGAACUCAGUGAGACAAAGGUCCUUGGGUAUGAAAUUAAAUUGAAGAAACCAAAGGGAAAGGAAACAAAGAAAGAUCGAAAUGCCAAAACACUUUUGAUCAAGAACUUGCCUAGCAAGGUCACUGAGCAUGAACUAAAGGAAGUGUUUGAGGAUGCUUUUCAAAUCAGAUUUCUGGGCAAUGAUGAGAUAAGUAAAAGGAUUGCCUAUAUUGACUUCAGGUCACAAGCUGAUGCAGAGAGAACCUUGGAAGAGAAGCAAGGAACAGAAAUUGGAGGGCUUGCCAUAGUUCUGGAGCAUGUUGGAGAGAAAAAUCAAGGCCAAGAGGAUAGGGCCAGGAAGAACAAACGUUGGAGAGGAAAACAAAAGAUAGAACAAGAAAGCCACACAUUUCAAGAAAAAUGGGAGAGAGCUUAUUUCUUUGUGGAGGUAAAGAAUGUUCCUAUGUGUUUAAUAUGCAAAGAGAGUCUGUCUGUGUCAAAAGAAUAUAACCUAAGAUGCCAUUAUGAAACAAACCACAGUAGGAACCUUGUGGGAUAUACAGAAAAGAUGCGUGAUAAAAAACUCAAUGAACUGAAAAAAAGGUUGAAACUUGAACAUGAUUUGCUUUUGAAUGUGAAUAAAAUAACUGAUGCUGCUAUGAAAUGUAGUUACGUGUUACGUGAGAAAAUUGCUCGAGCAUCAAAACCCCUUACAGAUGGUGCGUUUAUAAAGGAAUGUCUACUGAGUGCUGCAGAAAUUUUGUGCCCUGAACAGAGACAAGUGUUUGCCAACAUAAAUCUCACUGGUAAUAUUGCUGAGCAACAUGUUCCCAAUGUGACUGAGAGCUUACAGGGCACCUUGCAAGAAAAAGCUAAAUCAUUUGUGGCUUUCUCUAUUGCAGCUCAUGAAAGCACUUAUAUUAAUAACACCCCCCAAUUAGCUGUAUUUAUUCGUGGUGUUGAUGAAACUUUUGAUGUGACUGAGGAACUUUUGGACAUGGUACCCCUGACGGGCACAACAUCAGGAAAUGACUUAUUUUUAUGUGUUGAGAAAAGUCUUAGAAAAUUUGACGUAGACUGGUCAAAAUUAGUAAGUAUUAGCACGGAUGGUAAUUCUGCAACGGUUGGUGUGAAGCAACUUGUUACAAAACUUAAGUCUAAAGUGUCAGGGCUUUGCAAAGACAUAGAACUUAAAUCUGUGCAUGGCCUCUUUCUCCAAGAAUCCCUUUGUGCUAAAAAGUUACAAAUGGAUCAUGUCAUGGACAUAGUAAUUUACACUAUAAGCUGGCUGCAUUCCCAUGGCUCGACCCACAGAAAGUUCAGUGCUUUGUUCAGUGAGUUAGACACACAGUAUGGAAACCUGUCCUACCUGGAACUGAAGUGGCUGAGCCGUGGUAUGGUGCUAAGGCAGUUUUUUGAACUCUUGGAAGAAAUUGACUUUUUCAUGUCUUCUAAAGGAAAAUCUGUGCCUCAGCUUCGUAACAAAGAUUGGGUCAAAGACCUAGCCUUUUUGGUUGACAUUAUGACUUAUGUAAACAUGUUGGAUGUUGCUCUGCAAGGGCAUUCGCAGAUGGUUACACAAAUGUACCAUGCAGUUCGCUCUUUCCUAGCAAAAUUGUGUCUUUGGGAAACUCAUUUGGCAAGAAACAAUCUGGCCCACUUCCCGACGCUGAGACUGGUUUCUGAAAAUGAAAGUGAUGGACUGAACUACAUUCCCCAAAUUAAAGAGUUGAAGACUGAAUUUCAGAAAAGGUUCUCUGAUUUCACACUUUAUGAAAACGAACUUAUACUGUUCAGCUCACCUUUCUCAAUUAAUAUUAAUAAUGUGAAUGAAGAGCUACAAAUGGAGGUUAUUGAAUUGCAGCACAACACUAUAUUGAAGACUAAAUAUGAUGAUGUUGGAAUCCCAGGAUUCUUCAAAUAUCUUGGGAAUAGUUACCCUAAAUAUAAAAACCAUUGUGCAAAGAUUCUGUCCAUGUUUGGAAGUAUAUAUAUUUGUGAGCAACUAUUUUCUGAUAUGACACAAAAUCAAACUAUUGUUCCCAGUUAA